UCAUCUUUCUUAUGCUCAAACGGCCAUGGAUUUGGCCAGUGCCGGCCCCUCAACAGUGGCUUCUGUGGCCCUUUGCCUAUCCCUGGACACGUUUGGGGGGCAUUCCCUUACUUUGUGGUACAAUUCCCAGGCUGGCUUCCAGCCCCCGCCGGCGUCUGGAUCCAGCCAUUCUCCUAGGGUCGGUGAGUGUACUCACUGCUCCUUGGCCCCCUGGUGGCACACGGUCCUGCGGAGAGCCCUGGUGCUACCCCAGGGCUUCCUCCCCUGUCUCCCUUCACCAUAGAGCCGUUAAGGUGUUGCUGGGAAGGGCCCACAGAGGGGGCUCAGGACAGGAGUUUCUAACAUGGAUGAGGCCCCCCAUCUGUCACUGCAGGGACACCAGGGCCCCUCCAGGGCUGCGCUGUGGAUAUGGCAGGAGAGUGUAGAGACAUCCAUUGCUCAGGUAGGUCAUGGGUCUAAUCACAGUCGGCGACCAUGAGUUUCUGGUCUUACUUCUUUAGAAAAAUCGACUACGGAAAGUUGGUAAACAAUGCAAACUGUGCCGAUGGAGAGGAGGCGCUAGCCAGAUGUCUGCGGGUCAGGUCAUCCCGUAGGAGAGUCCUUCCGCCUGUCCCCAGAUGUAUCCAAGCAUCGACUCCACAUGACACACAAAGAUUUCGGUUUUUUCCAUUGGCUGGGCAUUUUUCUCUCACCUGUAUUGGUCUGCUAGGGCUGUCAUGACAAAUGACCACAAAUUGGGCAGUGUAAAACAACAGACAGUUACUCUCUCACAGUCAGGAGGCUGAGGGACCACCCGUCCCAGCUCUACCCUAGCUCACGGUGGUAUCGGCCAUUUCUGGAGUCCCUUGGCUUGCAGAAGUGCCACACUGAUCUCUGCCCCCACGUACACACAGUGUCUUCCUCAUGUGCGUGUCUGUGUCCCAAUCUCCCAUUGGUAAGGGCAGUCAUGACCUCAUUUUAACUUAAUCACCUCUUUAAAGACCCCAUCUCCAAAAAGGGUCAUAUUCUGAGGUGCUGGGGGCUAGGAUCUCAACAUGUUAUUCAUUCCAUAACACCACUAAACCUCAGACAGUGAGACACCAGGACUGUCCCAUACCCUGCACACACUUGUUUGUCCCUUGCGUAUUUACAAGGACACCUCUGGGCGGAUUCCCAGCUGGGUGACUUGUCUCGGUGGCUGCUGACACUGGGUCCCCAGUAGUACAUAUCCCACAUCCUUGCCAGGAAUAUGACCACCACGUGUCUGCCCAUGGCAACCAUGAACUUGUUCUGGUUUGUUCCUGGCAGUAAGUGAGGUGAAACCACUUGCAUGCACUCUACUGUGUUUACUUCCUUUUCUCUGAAGCACCUGUUCACUGUCUAGUUCACCGUUUUUCUUACAGAUACAUAACAGUAUUUUUAUACACACAGAAACACACGCAGGACCUCUGGUGAGCAUGCACAUGGAGGGGCCUCAGGCCUUCUUCAGGACGCGGUUUGUGUGCAGGGGAAGGAAGAAGGAAAAGGGCCCCUGAAAUCCGGCUUGUGGAGUAGAGGCGAGUGAGGACUGCGAGAGCGUGGGACACGGCCCUUCUUGUCAGAGGCUCUUCAUGAUCCUGCUGCUCAAGGGCGUGCCCUUCACACUUACGACAGUGGACACGCGCAGGUCCCCAGAUGUGCUGAAGGACUUUGCCCCCGGUUCACAACUGCCCAUCUUGCUCUAUGAUGGCGACGCCAAGACCGACACGCUGCAGAUCGAGGAGUUUCUGGAGGAGACGCUGGGACCCCCCGAAUUCCCCAGCCUGGCGCCCCGCUAUAGGGAGUCCACAACCGCGGGCAACGACGUCUUUCACAAGUUCUCCGCGUUCAUCAAGAACCCGGUGCCCGAGCAGGAUGAUGCCCUGUACCAGCUGCUGCUGCGCGCCCUCGCCAGGCUGGACAGAUACUUGCGCGCGCCCCUGGAGCACGAGUUGGCUCGGGAGCCGCAGCUGCGCGAGUCGCGCCGCCGCUUCCUGGACGGUGACCAGCUCACGCUGGCCGACUGCGGCCUGCUGCCCAAGCUGCACAUCGUGGACACGGUGUGCGCGCACUUCCGCCAGGCGCCCAUCCCCACGGAACUGCGCGGCGUCCGCCGCUACCUGGACAGCGCGCUGCAGGAGAAGGAAUUCAAGUACACAUGUCCGCACAGUUCCGAGAUCCUGGCGGCCUACCGGCCCGCCGUGCAUCCCCGUUAGGGACCUUGCCUCCGCCAUCCCCGCUUAUUCGUCUGCAGCCCCAUAAAGCCACAUCUGU